AUGUUCGCUGAUGAUCUGACCCUGUUGUCAAAAGUGAAAAAAAGCUUAGAUCGGAUUCUGUGUUGUCUUCACAACUAUGCGAUUAAGUGGCGAAUUGAAUUAAAUAUUAACAAGACGGUAAUGAUGGUAUUCGGGGAAAAAAUCAUAUCCAGCAUUGGUUCAGAGAGAACAUGGUUAUUGGGUGAUUCUCCUUUAAGGGAAUCCGACACUUGGAAAAACCUUGGCAAAUUAUGGCAUGCUGAUCCGGAUUUUACCGAAGUUGUCCGUGCAACAGUGAACAAAGGUUUUGAUGUAAUAUCUAAGUUAUCAAAGCUCGGAUGCAAAGCUGGUAGAUUGAAUCCAAAAAUAGCCGCCAAUUUGUGGGAAACUGUGGCUCUUCCACAUAUACUAUACGGUUGCGAGCUGUGGUACCUGAAAAACCAACACAUCAAAGAACUGGAAAAGGUCCUGAACGUGUUUUGUAGAGUUACUCAGUGUCUGAUACCGGGUUCCUCAGGAUCGGCUGCCAGGGGUCUACUGGGUUUACAUGGCAUAAAGGCUGAAAUUGGCAAACGAAAACUGUAUUUAUUGGGCAGAAUUAUUAACUCUAGCUCUUCAUUGGCGUAUAGAAAGUUGUUUAUCCGGAAACUUAUUAAAUGGAAAUGGAGGCAGAGCAAUUCAACAAUGUCAGGGUUUAUCCCUGAUAUUAUGAAGUUGUUGGUUGAUGUAAAUUUACUCGGUUAUGUUACUGAAUUUCUAAGAAAUGACGAAUUCCCAGCAAAAAUUAUUUGGAAGAAAAUUGUCAAAAAAACAGUGUAUGAAAGUGAUCAUUAUGAAUGGGUGGAUAAAAUUGAAAGGAAAAAGAAUUGA